GAAGUUAUGAGUGGUUGGAGCGGUUCUAGUUCCGGACAACAUCGCGGGCACAGUUACAGUUCGUAUCAAGUAGAAGUCGAUACCGAUCCACUGUGCUGUUGUGAAUACUACGACCGGAGCGAUGAACGGAAUCACAUUCUAGCUUGCUGCUGCAAUUGUGUGGACGUCGACGAAUCCUUCGACAGGUUUAUUUCUGGACGUUCGAUCCCGGUGGACAAGCAGCGUGGCAUGCUGCUGACCUUUCAGGACCGCCUUCGCAUUCCUUGGCGAGGUGGGGCCAAGCAGAUUACGGUGGACAAUGUCUUGCCGGUAUUUCUGCUGGUCAGCUUGCAGCUGCUAGCUGCCCUGGAUUUCUACUGCAGUCUGGCAGUCUUUAUAUUUAUCCCGUUGCUGUUGGCUUAUCUGAAGCGUUUUCUGGGACGUGUGCUGCCAAAAACAAAAUUUUUCUGUCUCUGGCUUUUCUGGAGUGCUGUUUAUUUGGUGAUUUUGUUUGAGUCGACUGUUCCAUUGUUGGAAUUACUUCCAGAGGAAAACAUUGUUUUUGUGGUGUUGGUGUCUUUGUCGUUUCUUUGCUUCUACAAGUGCAAUCAGCGAGCGUCGAUGAAUCAUGAAAGUCAUGCACAAUAUGAUUCCUUGCCUAAUGGAGAUUCCGGAACAGCCAUUUUAAUAUCCGAUCGGGAAGAUUCUGACGAAAGCGACGGCCGGUUGGCUUGUCAAACAUGCCGCAAGUAUGUUCCGCCAAGGACCUAUCAUUGUAAAGUCUGCGGCACAUGUGUGGUCAAGCAGGAUCAUCACAGCGUCUGGCUAAACUGCUGUGUCGGCCGUGCUAACCAUCGGUAUUUCGUGCUCGGUUGUUUUUGCUCGUUGCUAGCAUUAUGGUUGUUUGCCAACCUCUCACUCACGUCGGUGUGCCAUCCGACACCGAUUUUUACACUUCUGGGAGUGACCGUUAUGCUACCGGAUGAUUGCACUGAUAUCUACUUUCAGUAUGAUAUCGCACUCUGCUUCACCGGUGCCAUCUAUGCCCUUCUGAUGUCGUUGGUUAUUCUGAUCUCCUUACUAAAACAGCUUUGCUUGAUUUCGCGUGGUCUCACCGGAAGUGAGUGGCAACGAGGAGAACAUAUUAACCGACGAAAUUGUCUCGUGAACUGGAAAGCGUUCUGUAUGGAACAGUAAACGUACUACUUGUUAGGUAAGCUCACUAUGCACUACUAUCACCCAUCAUUAUUCUGAUCAUACUAUAAAGGUACGUAUUUUAACCCGUUUAAAACAUAGCCCGCAAGAAGGCAUAGGUAUUGUUAUGUAGCAAUUUCGCGAGCAAAAAGCAUUUUCGCUAUCGAAUUGAUCACCCCCGUGGAGGGUAACUAGUCUGUACACUGUUUCAUGUUUUCCUGCUCUACGAUUGCUACUUAUUAUUGAACGUUUUCUAUAAUUAGGAAGUAAAAGUAAAUUAUGACUUUAGGUAAAACAAGAGAUAAGUAGAAUUUUGUCUUAGCUCUAUACCAAACAAUGAAAUAUAUAAACGGUGACUCGUAAGUCUCUCCAUCAAAUAUCAUUACUCAUACCAAAUAUUCUUAUAAUAUAAUGUUCUCCUAAUUUUACUGAGGAGCGAAAGUAGGUAGAAGAAAUGAGCUGUUUUUAGGGAAACGCAGCAAAACGUAGACUGAUCCAGUUUAUAUUAUAAACUCAUCUGCAUCGUUUUAUUUGUUCAACACUCGUUUAACACUCGUAUCCUAUAAAUCGUCGAGUAAGAACUAUUCAAUACUUAUUAUCAUAUAUCUACAACACAUCAUCGUUGCAUAUUACUAACUAUUAUUUAGGCGGUGCUUAUUUGCGUGCCAUUCACUCAUUCACCUAGGUUUUUCUUCCAAGAAGGCCUUCCACUUUCUUCACUUUGCACAACAAUUUAUUCAGUCGCAACAGAUGGAAUGAGUACAGAAAGUUUAAUCUAAUUUUUUUACUCUCAUAAUCGUAAAGCAUACACACCAGAAACUAAAAACGCUAAACAUUGAUUGUACUGAACAGCAUGUUGGUAAACAAAAGGAAAAAAAAACGGUCGAGCGCGAUAGAAUUUAUGAAAAUCAAAAUCGCACACCAAGUCGUCGCUCUUUCAAAGUAGCGAAAUGUUCUCGGUGUUUUCCAUAGAUAAUAGAUUCAAAAUCACUACAAUAAAAUAACAUAGAUU